GCCAGUAUUUUCGCUGACAUCACCAGCCUCGCCGGACGGACCGUGUUACCUGAAUGGCAGCUCGUGGGUCCAGCGUGUUGACGGUACCGAGCUGAAGCAGCAGCUCGUUCGACAUGUUCUGGUGCUCAGCAGGUCGGGCGGGAUGUGUCAGACUUCUACGCUGCCGGUCCCGCGCAGUCUGUUCCGGGACCCCCACGACCCCGCAACGUCCUCUGGUCACCUCCCGCUUCUUCUCCCGAUCUGCCCGCACGAGGUGUCCGUCCCGCGAGGGGGGGACCCCGCCUCUGAAGCAGUGGGCCCUGGCGGCGAGCCCCUUCGGCACGGUGCGCGCGCAGCUCGGCUGCAGCAUCUCCGUCCGCCCGCUGGACCUGCACGCGUACCCGGAGGCGGACCGAGUCUUCGUCGCGGUCCACGGACCAGACACCGGGCAGGAGGUCGGCCUGGAUCACCUACACGUCCACUACGACGACCAGAGCAACGAGCUGCUCGUCUCUGCGGGGGGGCUCAAGAGCAGCGCGUCGGUCCACCUGACGGCACCGAUCAAGAGUAAUCUCUUCAUCACUACUCAAGGGGAGGGUAACGUGCAAGUGAAGAACAUGGAGUGUGAUAUCUGCAAGGUGCAGACAGAGAAGGGAAACUGUUUGCUGCACUCUGUCAAGGGUCAUCGUGUGGAGGUCCGGUCCCAUGGGGGACAUGUCACAGGGGUGGGCAGUAUCCAUGGCAAUGUGGACAUCAGCACACGCGGAGACGGCGGGGUGGAUGUCCAAAAGCUUCAGGGGAACCAAAUGAAUAUUUCAACAGAACGUGGCCCUCUAAAGGUCAAAGCCAUCUAUGCUGAAUCCAGCUGCCUCUCCUCCUGCUCCGGGAGGGUCCAACUGGGGAACGUACACGGUAAAGCCACUGUGAAGAACAUGUCUGGAGACACAGUUAUCGAUGGUUCCAAUAGUGUCCUUGAGGUGUCCUCUCACAGCGGGGCCAUUGACGUCUACGUGGGAGAUGGUGGCAGCGCCCAAAUCCACAGUCAGGAAGGAGCGGUGUGUGUGCGUGUCCCCUCCUCGCUGAAAGCUGAGAUGCAGCUGUGUGGAACAUCGGUGGAUAUCAGCCCAGAUGUUGUACUGCAUGGAGUAACAAACAACACAAGUGAAGGCCAAACCACCGUUACAGGUCACAUAAAUGGAAAGUCUCCAGCUGACCAGAGGGUUCGAGUUCGGUCGGACAGAAGCUCCGUCAGACUGAAAACACAAAGCUGGUUUCAAUCCCUGAAGCUGGGGGCUGAUUUAUGAGGUUUAUAUGACAGAUAUUUACCGUCACUCCUCACGUAGGCAUGUAAAACAUUGUGCUCAGGUUAUACUGUACUUUGAAUAAAUAAAUGAUAUAUCAUGUACAGUAUUGAACUGAUAUUCUUCCUAUCUGCAUUAAAAAAAUGUUCUAUGAACGGUAUGUAAAUGCCACUUGCAAAAGGUUAGUCCCUCCAUAAAAUAAAGUGAAAUGAAAUGAACAAAUAAAUCUAGUUUAACACACAAAAAAUCUAAAUAUAUAUAUACAU